GAGAAAAUUGGUCCAGCGAACGCAGAGCGGAUACCAACCAGGUGAGCCAUCAAAGCCGCCUCUCUUCCCCUAAAACCUAGCCCGCAAAUCCUAAUCCAGCCCACGCGCCUCCCCCCAAACCCUCGUCCCCAAGCUCGCGAACCUCACCGCCGCCCGCACAGCCACCGGCCGCUCCGCGCGACCGCCCACCAUGGCUCGUAACGAGGAGAAGGCGCAGUCCAUGCUGAACCGCUUCAUCACGAUGAAGCAGGAGGAGAAGCGCAAGCCCCGCGAGCGCCGGCCGUACCUCGCCUCCGAGUGCCGGGACCUCGCCGACGCCGACCGCUGGCGUGGAGAGAUCCUGCGCGAGAUCGGCGUCAAGGUCGCCGAGAUCCAGAACGAGGGCCUCGGGGAGCACCGCCUCCGAGACCUCAACGACGAGAUCAACAAGCUCCUCCGCGAGCGCAGCCACUGGGAGCGCCGCAUCCUCGAGCUCGGAGGCCGCGACUACUCUCGCAGCUCCAACGCCGCCCUCAUGACCGACCUCGACGGUAACAUCGUCGCCAUCCCCAACCCCUCCGGCCGGGGCCCAGGCUACCGCUACUUUGGCGCUGCCAAGAAGCUCCCCGGCGUCCGUGAGCUAUUUGAUAAGCCACCUGAGGUCCGCAAGCGCCGCACCCGCUACGAGAUCCACAAGCGCAUCAAUGCCGGGUACUAUGGAUACUAUGACGACGAGGACGGUGUGCUUGAGCCCCUUAAGGCUGCUGCCGAGAAGCGCAUGCGGGACGAGGUUGUCACGGAGUGGCACCGGGUGGAGCGUGUGCGGCGGGAGGCCAUGAAGAAUGUGGUGAGUGGCGAGGUGGCUGCAGCAGGUGGGCGUGGUGGGGAAGCUGCUACGGAGGUGCUGUUCGAGGAGGUGGAGGAGGAGGUUGAGGAGGAGAGGAGGCUGGAGGAAGAGAGGAUGGAAAGAGAGAAGGGGGAAGAGGCUGGGAGGGAGUUUGUGGCACAUGUGCCGCUCCCUGACGAGAAGGAGAUUGAGCGGAUGGUGCUAGAGCAGAAGAAGAAAGAGCUGCUCAGCAAGUACACAAGUGAUACCCUGCAAGGCGAGCAGAAGGAGGCUAAGGAGAUGCUCAAUGUCCAACGCUAGGAGAGAUAGCCUGUGUUCAUGAGGGGAGCCUUGGCGUAGUGGUAAAGCUGCUGCCUUGUGACCAUGAGGUCACGGGUUCAAGUCCUGGAAACAGCCUCUUACAGAAAUGUAGGGAAAGGCUGCGUACAAUAGACCCAAAGUGGUCGGACCCUUUCCCAGACCCUGCACAAGCGGGAGCUGCAUGCACUGGGGCUGCCCUUUUUUAGAGCCUGUGUUCAGUCUUGCAAUAUGUGAAUUAUCAUUUGCAUUGUACCAUUGAUUGUGUGCUUUGUUUGAAUUUUGAAAGUUGUGCUCAUAGUCAUGGUAUCAACAGUGAAAUACUCUGCUCGAGCCUGAGUUAAAUAUGUAUACGGUCAGGUGUUUUGGCCUUAGGUUCGUAUACUGCUCAUGCGGUUCACUGCCUCUGAUUAGUUUUGUUCACAAAUCUUAUUUGAACCUGAUGCUCCAAAUAAGCAA